AUGUAUAAGCUACUAGGAGGACUGGCUAAGUACCUGAAGCGGCGGGACAUCGUCACGGAUUCUGUGCUGUUCCGUUUGCAUAACCACUUCACCACGGUAUUGCUGUUCACGUGCUCGUUGCUCGUCACGGCCACCCAAUACGUCGGUAACCCGAUCUCCUGCAUCGUCCAGGGUCUGCCUACUAAUCCCAUCAAUACUUACUGCUGGAUAACAUCCACGUUCACCAUGCCAGACGCGUUCAAUCGACAGGUCGGCUCGGAGGUGGCUCAUCCAGGAGUGUCCAACGACUUCGGAGAUGUUGAGGCAAGGAAAUACUACACGUACUAUCAGUGGGUCUGCUUCGUGCUGUUCUUCCAGGCGGUUCUGUGUUAUAUACCGCAAUGGCUGUGGGGCUUUUGGGAAGGCGGCCUGAUGCAGGCGCUGGUUAUGGGAAUGAAUUGUGGUAUGGAUACCGAAGAUAACAUAACGAAGAAGAAAAGUAUUCUCAUGGAUUACUUGAUGAUGCACAUAAGGAAUCACAACACGUACGUGUAUCGGUACUUCGCCUGCGAGGUUCUGUGCCUCGUCAAUAUAAUCGGUCAACUGUAUCUGAUGAACCGAUUUUUCGAUGGCGAAUUCCUCAGCUAUGGUCUGCGAGUAUUGCAGUUCUCGGAUACACCACAGGAGGAACGAAUUGAUCCUAUGGUCUAUGUGUUUCCUCGCGUUACCAAGUGUAUAUUCCACAAAUACGGAGCUUCGGGUACAAUACAGCAACACGAUUCUCUCUGCAUUCUGCCGUUAAAUAUCGUCAACGAAAAGACAUACAUCUUCAUCUGGUUCUGGUUCUUCAUACUAGGCAUCAUGUUAAUCGGUCUGAUGGUAUAUCGAGCUCUCAUCAUUUUUGCUCCAAUGAUACGAUCAAGAGUACUACAUAUAUCGACGAGACUAUUGCCCAUCGAAACUUGUCAGAGCGUCAGCAGAAAGGUCGACUUAGGCGACUGGUGGAUACUUUAUAUUCUUUCGUCCAACAUGGACUCGCUCGUCUACAGAGAUUUCCUUAUGGAAUUUACGAAGAAGAUGGGUAAUACUAGUUCGAAGUCCGUGACCGCGUAA